GAAACAAAAGAAGGUGGCAAAAUCAAACCGCUAGUCUACAAUGCUUUUCUUGAUUUCUUGACAACCAAGAAACUUGGAGCAAGGUUUAUUUUCCUACAUCGGGAAUCGAUAACGCAUGAACGUCGCAGGAAUUUUAAAAAUGGGCGAGGGAUGGGGGAGAGUGGAGUUGGUCGCGAUAAGGAACUGGUCGCGUCAAGAACGCAGAACAGAAAAAUUCAGAUAUCGCUGUCACGUUAGCGUCUAAAGUCAAAACUUCUACCGAUAGUUUAUUAACUUUAGAAUUCCGAGAGUAGCUGAUGAUAAGGAUUUGAACGGCCAUAGGGAACUUCCGGACGAGGUACUACACUCUCUUUGCCACUGAUGAAAUGAGAAGGUAUCCGUGCUAAGAUAUUCGGCGAUCCGGAUACUGAAAAAAAGAAAAAAAAAUCUAUUUUUUGAUUUUUUAAAUAAAAUGACUGCUUUGGGACUCCCACCUUGCAGCCUUGCAGCCUAAAAUCAAGCAAAUCCCAAAUCUUUCAUCAUUGCACCAAGCAAUGAUCUCUCAUAAAAUAGUCAACUAAAACAAAUCCUGAAGCGUAGACUCUAGAGUAUUUGUCUUGUAGUGGAGGAAAAAUUACAUCUUUCUUGGAUAAUACGAAUGGCCUACUAUGUGGGCUCUACAUAGACGCCAUUCACCAUUCCACAUAAAAGCCAUUCAUAUUGCAUACUCGGGUUCGAAUUCAUGUUUAUUUAUUUAUUUUUGCUAAUCAACACCACACCUGCAUGCGAAACAGAAAUCCCGAUACGUGGCAUCUUAUAAUCCCUAGUGUACACACAAGACGGAUGCAGCAAUUCAAGGGCAGAGGUGGAUAUGUCACUUGCCUCACAAGUAAUCCACCAAAGAAUUCUUUUAUAUGUAAACACGGCCGCUAAGCAAGCAAAUUCAAGCAAACAUAUGACUCCAGCUCCACAUAAACAACGACCCAUUUCUUUAUGUCUUUAUAUCCUCGGUCCUCUCUGUUGAGCUCUGAUUCCUCGUUUUAGAAUUAAUUUAAAAGAAAAGAAAACAAAAAAUAAGAGUUAGGUAACUUCUUUGGUUUAUUUAAGGUUCCCCUUCCCUCCAUAUGAUAACCUGGAUAUCCUAGAAACUGCAAUCCUCCCAAUGGCGCUUGUUUGUGAUCACUUCUUCCUGAGACAAACUUGGCUGCCUUCUUUGAUCAUCCAUGCUGCCUUUCUCCUCCCAUGCAAAGCUGCCAUCUCUCCACCCUCCAAUUCCCCAACCACCAUUGCCGCCUUAGGAAAGCUUAACAAUGUCACCGACCGGCUCGCCCUCCUCUCUUUCAAGUCCAUGAUCUCCAAUGACCCAUUCCAAGCCUUGGCCUUGUGGAACGACUCCACACCUACAUGCCAAUGGCAAGGGGUGGCAUGUAGUCGACGCCACCCCGAGAGAGUCACAGCACUGAACCUCGACUCCCUGGACUUAAUGGGCACCAUAUCACCCUCCUUAGCCAACCUCACCUUUCUCCAAAGGCUCCACCUCCCAGGGAACCAACUCCAUGGCCACCUUCCAUCUGAGUUUGGCAGUUUGUCUCGCCUACGAUAUCUAAAUUUGAGCAUGAACUCCCUUGAAGGAGGGAUUCCACCCGCUCUGUCUCAGUGCCGUUUUCUCGAGGUUCUCAGUUUAGGGAAUAACAAGCUCCAAGGAGAGAUUCCUUUCAACCUCAGCCAAUGUCGACGUCUCCAAAUCCUUAGCCUACGCAGCAACUUUCUAGCAGGAAGCAUCCCCGGCGAGCUCGGCUCUCUUUCGGAGCUCACCUUUCUCGACCUGCGCAUCAAUAAACUCACAGGCAACAUCCCUCCUUCCUUGGGGAACCUCUCCUCUCUCAUCGACCUUGACGUCAAUACCAACUCCCUUUCAGGUACCAUUCCCUCCUCUUUGGGCCAGCUCCCAUCUCUGGUCUUCCUACUUGUUCAGAGUAACAACCUUGUGGGCUGGAUCCCCUCUUCUCUUGGAAAACUCUCCUCUCUUCAAUACCUGAACAUGUCAAAUAACAGUCUGAAAGGAGGCAUACCACCUACACUGGGGAACCUCUCCUCUCUUCUGGUUCUGGACCUAUCCCAUAACAAUCUAACCGAAGCCAUCCCACCUUCACUUGGGAAUCUCUCUGCUCUCACCAACAUGGAACUUAGCUUCAACACCCUCUCAGGUGAGAUCCCACCUACAAUUGGGUCCCUCCCUUUUCUCACCAACCUUUAUCUCACUGCAAACACUCUCUCUGGAGGCAUCCCACCUUCAUUAGGGACUCUCCCUUCUCUCAAAUUUCUCGGGCUGUCGCAUAACAAAUUCUCGGGCAUGAUUCCGUCAUCCAUCUACAAUCUUUCGAGCCUUAUUUCCCUUGGUGUGGCUGAUAACCAGCUCGUCGGCACCCUCCCACCCGACAUGGGCCAUGGUCUUCCCAGACUCCAGAGCCUCUUGAUGUAUUUCAAUCAGUUCCAUGGCUCGAUCCCUGCAUCACUAACCAAUGCUUCCGGCCUCCAAGACAUCGAGCUCACCGGAAACCAGUUCACCGGCACAAUCCCAUCAAAUCUGGGGGCCUUGGGCGAACUGUAUUGGCUAAAUCUAGAUAGAAAUCAGCUAGAAGCCAGAGAUGCCGACGGCUGGAGCUUCAUCACCUCAUUAACGAACUGCAGCAACCUACAAGUAUUGGAGCUUGACAAUAAUGGGCUUGGAGGCACAUUGCCCAGCUCCAUAGUCAACCUCUCCACCACCCUUCAAUGGUUGGGAUUGGGAGGAAACCAGAUAUCAGGUACCUUGCCAAAUGAAAUUGGCAAGUUUGUCUACCUAAACUUUUUCGCCAUGGACCGAAACCUUCUCACUGGAAGUAUUCCUGCCACCAUUGGAGAACUUCAGAAUGUGAUAAUCCUUGACCUUCAUGCCAACAACUUCUCUGGCGGAAUUCCAUCCACCAUUGGCAACCUGACUCAGCUGAACGAACUUUAUCUAGGAGACAAUGCCUUGAGAGGAAGCAUCCCUGUGACCUUGGGGAACUUGACAGCCUUGGGACAUUUAGACCUUUCAUACAAUCAGCUCACUGGCAGCGUACCCAGAGAGGUUGUUAGCCUUUCCUCGCUUUCCAGAUACCUCGGCUUGUCGCAUAAUUCGCUCGUCGGGGCCCUCCCUUCAGAAAUUGGUCGCUUGAAAAAUCUCCGUGAAUUACAUGUUUCUGAAAACAACUUGACAGGUGAAAUUCCUAGAAGCAUUGGAGAAUGCCAGGUCAUGGAGUAUCUGUAUAUGGAAGGCAACCACUUCCAAGGGAUCAUUCCCCUAUCAGCAAGCAAUUUGAAAGGUAUUCAAGAAUUAGAUCUUUCACGCAACAACUUGUCAGGUGCCAUCCCUCAAUUUCUAGAGGAGUUUAGAUCUCUGCGCUAUUUGAAUCUCUCUUUCAACAAUUUUGAAGGAGAGGCGCCAACCAAAGGAGUCUUCAAAAAUCUGAGUGCCAUUUCAGUUGUUGGAAAUGAUGAGCUUUGUGGUGGUGACCCAAAAUUGCAGUUGAAGCAAUGCCCCCUACAAAACCGUGAGAGAAGACACAAAACUCUGCUAAUCAAAGUAAUCAUCCCAGUUGCUGCUGUGUUACUAUGCCUAGUCCUACUAAUAUGUUUGCUAGCUAUUCGUUCUUGGUUCGAUGGUUCAAGAAAGAAAUCUCCACCAAACACCCUCUUGGAAGACCAACAUGUCAGGAUCUCUUACUCUCAGCUGCUUAAAGCAACUGAUGGAUUCUCUGCAGCAAAUUUGAUUGGGACUGGAAGUUACGGCUCAGUGUACAAAGGGAUUAUCGAUUUCGGUGAAGAAAAGAUUGUGGCUGUCAAGGUACUAAACCUUCUACAGCGAGGAGCAUCUAGGAGUUUCACAGCUGAAUGCAAUGCCUUGAGAAGUACCCGACAUCGAAAUCUCCUCAAAGUAAUAACAUCCUGUUCCAGUGUGGAUUAUAAAGGGAAUGAUUUCAAAGCUAUAGUCUAUGAGUUCAUGCCUAAUGGGAGCCUAGAGAAGUGGUUGCAUUCAGAAGAAGGUGAUCAAAGUCGAGAGAGAAAUCUGAGCCUCAUCCAGAGGUUGAACAUAGCCAUAGAUGUAGCUUCUGCAUUGGAUUAUCUUCAUCAUGAUGGCCCAACUCCAAUCGUUCAUUGUGAUCUCAAGCCAAGUAAUGUUCUUCUCGAUAACAACAUGACUGCUCAUGUGGGUGACUUCGGGCUGGCCAGGUUUCUUACUAAAACUGUUAGUAAGUCAUCUCAGAAUUCAUCCAUAUCAAUUGGACUGAAGGGGACAAUUGGGUAUGUUGCUCCAGAGUAUGGGGUAGCCAACCAAGUCUCUAUUGAAGGAGAUGUUUACAGUUAUGGAAUACUUCUGCUAGAGAUGUUUACUGGGAAGAGACCAACUGAUGAGACAUUGAAAGAAGGCCUAGGCCUUCAUAGGUUUCUUGAAAUGGCCUUCCCUGAAAGAGUCAUGGAUAUUGCAGAUCCACGCCUGCUAUCAGAAGAGAGUGACGGAGAAGCCAAUGAUAGAAUUCAGGAUGCUGGUAGUAUAAGUACACAGGAGUGCUUGGUUUCUGUUCUUGGAAUUGGCCUCUUGUGCUCCAAGGAAUCACCAAGGGAACGGAUGCAGAUGGCAGAUGUGAUAAAGGAAUUGCUUGUGACUAGAGAUGCACUAACUGAAGCAGGAACUUAUGGGGAUAGGAGACGCAGAGACCGUUUUAAUGGCGAAGGCCCAUCAACCAUUGACAACAAUGGAAUGAAGUAGAAAUAAAUAACCAAUACAUUUUCUUUGAUAAUUGAAGAGGUCAUAUAUAAUUGUCUAUGACUGUCACCUAUGUAACUUUUAUUCUUGAUUCUGCAAUUAAAAUUUCAAAUAAGCUGGAUGGAUUUUAUGCCUAGGAGAAGAGAUAUCAGAGAACCAUUUGCUUAAUCUGAGAUGCAAUGUUUGUACUCUUGCACUCUUCAUAUUUAUCAUUAACAUUAUAUUACAUAGUUAUAGACUUAUAGUGUUUUGGUAACUAACAUAUUAUCAUAUUUAAGUUCACAGUUAAUUAUAAAUUUA